ACCACCAGUCGCUAUCACGCCAGCGAUCGGCUUAGACGUUCAGUUCCAUUCAUCGCGUCAUACCCCACUUACCUACAUACAUGUGUGUAUGCUCAGACUGCGUUGCAGAACCAGAUUGCGCUCGAACAAGGAAAGAAUCGCUCGCGAAUUUCGUUGCCAGUACGGCCGCCGAUAAGUUCUGGAAGGGUUGUUCGCCCACGUACCUGUAGAUCGACCGGUGUGGCAAUAGGGAGGAAAUUCUUGGAGGCCAGACUGAAACCGCCAAUCAUAUCAGGGCCAGUAAGUGACCUGCUCGACGACAUAAACGGGUCGUGUUGUGUGUGAUAUGCUAAUUAGGGGUUGGUCGUCCGUGCGGUUGAUGAAUGAACCUGCAGCAACAAUUGAAGGGGCGAUAUUGUGUUGGCCAGUGGCUUUGUGACCUGCCGUUGCAAUUCAGUUUCAGCGAGUAGUCGCGAGUGUGGAAGAAUAAAGUGAAGCAAAAAGUUCAUCCAGCGAGCGUAGCGAAAAAAAAAGUGUCUUUGUGCCUACAAGUGCUUAUUUCGCAGAAGAAAUUGUGUCGUGUUGGCUUCAUAACAAUCUGCAAUCUACGCAAUCAACUGUUGUAGGACUGAAUCGACGCAAGCGGUGUUAUAAUUGGCUUUAAACAGGAGAAGAAGAGAAAUAGAAAUCUAUGCUGCAACGAUUUGUGUGCGUUUAAGUUUAAGGCCAAAAGCCAGUGGCGGUGUUUCUUAACGAUUUCCAAAUUGUGCAAGGAUCCAGCCGAGGGUGCACCUUGUGCGUUUUAGUGAGCGGAUACAAGUGCGGUCACCAAUUUGGAGGUGUGUACAUACUACUUGAGAGAACUGGUUUAGAAUAGCACUCGAACACAUACUUGAGAUAACUACGUCAACGCACGGAAAUCGCUUGGCUGUCUGUUGCCUUCCGUCGAGGGAUUAUCGGAUAGAGCAAACCAAAGAUUGCACUUAUCAACAACACCCCGAUCCACCCACUCAGUCGUGCCCGGCCACUUUUAAGGAGAGCGACUGAAUUCAAAUCAUCAACAACCUCACGCCGCCGUUGCCGUUGUUUAUUGGAAUCAACGAACUUCAGCAGCACCAGGCAGCAUCUGGAUUGUUCUUUUUUUUGUGGUGCACUAUUCUACGAAAAAAAAAACAGCUCACCCCUAACGAAUCCCAACAAAUCACAUGCCUCGAUGAGUUCGAGUGUUGCUUGAUUCGUUGUCACGACAAAACGAUUAGCGAGAAAAGAAAAGACAGCACCCUGUCGCUCCAAUCGUGAGCUUCCGUUAGCGGAAAAACCCCAAUACGACUGGGAAAGGUAUCAAGCGGAAAGUUUCCAAAAAGGAUUUGUCUUGUCGAUUAUCGCGAUUACGACGUUGCAUGGACACAAUGACGAUUUCAGCGAUUCCACCGCAAGAGCCGAUCUGGUGCUUGGAGCGCCGCGAUUCGGGCCACCUCUUCUGGCGGCGGGAGUCCUCCAAGGUGAAGUUCCGCUACGACGUCGAGGUGCUCGAGUUCACGAAGGAUCCCUGCGAAGACCAGCUGCUGAUCACCGACAGCGAGAUGAAGGACAAAUCCAACCACAGCCAGCUGUCGAACAUGCUGGUGGUGUGCGCGACCUGUGUGGCGGCCAUUGCCGUCACCGUGGUCCUGCCCUGGUUCCUGAUAGGGUCGGCGUAGACUGGAACUUCCACCGAUUGGAACACGAGAUAUUAAUAAUUAGGAUUGACUAGAUUUGUAAGGAAGGGAUCAGAACAGUGAUCAAGCGCACAAACACUCACACUCACGUAGGAGGAUUAGGGAUGAAGCGAUUUCCACUUUGUGUUACCAAGAUAUUAUUCACACAAAAAGCAAAUGCAUUAUCUACGGAAAUGUGAGGUUGGGAGCGUUGCUAUCAACUGAGAAGCAAUUUAUCUAGUUAUAUAGUAGGGUCGGUGUACCAAUUGUCGCCAUACAUAAGAACAACUAUUUUUAAAAAAAUAAGUAAAAGGCAUGUGGGUAGACUUUAUAUAUCAAGCGAAAGGUUUUACUUCCUGCUCCUUAGAACAGCUGUGAAAACCACAAUAAAAUUUGUUAUUAUCCUCAAAAUUGAUUAAUCCAUAAUAGGAACGGAUGCACCAGUUGUGGCACUAUUCUUAAUUUUGGUUCCUUAUUUGGCAAAUCCCAUUGUUUUCUUAUGGGACUGGCCAAAUAGGGACCACUAGUGCGACAACUGGUGCAAAGGAAGUUGAAAAUUAAGCAAAAUCAAUUUUUACAAUUAUGCUUUGCUUGUUUUGAAGGAAAUCAAAGGUGUUAUCGUGUCAUAUGAAUAUGCUUUAUCGAUAUGAACUUGGUUUGCGGUGAUUUGAUUGAUCAUUUGGUAUAUAAAGCACUAGUGCGACAACUGGUUCUAUAGCCACAACUGGUACACCUAGCCUAGAUAAAAGUAGUAUUUUUUAGGGAUGUGAUCUUUGAUAGAUGUUUUUAUACGAUUGAAUGGAUGUAUAUAUUUGUUAUGGAAUCGGAAGUUUUUAAUUCUAGCGAGAUAAGGAGUCACCAGUUGCCUUUUUUUCCAAAUAAAAGCACGAACCUGAAUGAUGAUAUGGAAAUGCUUACACAUUGCGCAACAUAUUCCGGAAGCUAAGAUAAUUUAGGUAUAUUUAUUGUCACUUUUCAAGUGUGUCCAAGUCUACGCACCAAACUUCAAGCUUAAGGGUCCAAGUUCAAUGUCCGAAUUUGAAUUUAUUUUCAACUUAACGGACGAAGUCGAAACUCAUGUCCAUAUAAAAAAAACCCAAUCUAACACAAAUCUUUAAAGUCCAAUAACAAGUCCAUUUUUGAUGCUGUUUGGAUUUGAACGCCUUUCCGGGAAUGAUUACAAAUUUCACAACGCAUCAGUCAGCAGGAUGCGGAAUAAAUAAACAAAUUGCUACCGUGAUUGUUUAUUUUUAGAGGAGUUAUUCACAGAUUUUAAAAUCCCGCAAAAACGAAACGAUAACAAAGCGCCAAUGGAUAUCUGAGAAUGGAUAUUAAUUUUAAGACGUGUGUACGUACGGGCAUGUGGGAAGUGCUGCAGACGUCGUCGAUCAGUCAGUGAAAGCGUAGAAAACACGAACUCGAGCGGUUACGAGGUUUGGGAAUAAUGGUUUUAUUUUUUGGGGGCUUGUGUUUUCCAUGCAGAUGACACCAGUUUACGAAGCGUAGCAAAAAUCUUCAUCGGAGAUAUUUUUAUAAAUUUUGUUUUGUAUAAAUAUGAAGAUAAAAAUUUGUAAGUAAUUUUGCUUAAAGUUGUAACAUAUCAGUUGAUUCGAAUCAUGCUUAUUUGUUUAAAUUUUGUAUUGUUUUUCUUAAGUUUGAAUUGUUUUUUUUGUUCCUGUUUUUCUAUCAGUUUCUAUUUAUAAAAAAAAAACGUUUUACGGGUUUUUAAAAAAAAUUGUUUAACCUUUUCAAUAGUUUCCAGAACAUGUGAUCGUUAUUUUGAAAUUUUUUCCAAUAUCUUAUUAGUUUAGCUAAAUUUUCGUACAAAAUGAUUUCAAUCGAUAUUAAUAAUUCACAUAGGUUUAGCUAUUUUAUAGUUUGUUUUUCUUAUUAAUAAAAUUUCCGACAGCUUUUGGUUUAAAAUUGAAGUAAACUAGUGUAACCCACCAACAAAACCCCAUUCACCCUCCAAAGGAAAUGGAGAUCGACAGAAUUGGCGCGUAAAAACUGUCUGGUGAGGCUGUGUGAUGGCCGGUCAUAAAUGGCGGAAAAGCAGCGUAAAUAUUUUUGAAACUUAUUCAGACAUACAAGUUCACCCGGAACCUUGGUGCUAAUCUCGUUUCAAGUGCCAGAUGGAGUCCGUUUGUUGAUUUUUGCUCGCAAAUAAAUUGUGAUCGUUUGGGGUGGAGUAAUUCCGCAUCCAACACAAGGCAUCAGUUGGUAUUAGAAAACCGGGACCUUGAGGCAAGGCGGCACUGAUUUGUUGUGCUAAUGACUGUGUGAAUUAGGUGUUAUCUGUAUAGUGAUUAGUCGAUUUCUUGGUAUGCUUUUUCAAAAUCGUGAUAAACGAGGAAGAAAAUUGGAGGUGAUCCGAAGUACCUAACUCAAUUUUAUGUUUGAAAGGUCUUUUAUGUAUUCCACUAGCUUUCUUCCAUAAUGGGAACGGUGAAAGGUGAUAUUGAACAAUAAAAGUUCGUAAGUAGUUUUACACAGAUUGAAUGAUAUAAAGUGAUAAUAGUGCUUAGAACGAUUGACAUGAAAAUGUUGAAUAAAAAUAUAAAGUGAAUAUAUUUAUAAAGGUAAA